AGUUAAUUUAGCUGUUAGUAAUAUUAUUAAAGUUUAUAAAGAAUACAUCUCUGAACAUGUGCAAAGUGCCUUUUCCUGAGCACUAGGACAUCCAUCAUCUGGCAGGCAUUCUUUGUUUUUAACAGCUGCAUGAUGGGCAAAACCUUGGCAGAAGAAACUGUUCCCCACUAGUGCUUCUUCUGGCUCUGAAAUGGUGCACCUGUUCAAUUGCUUCCUGUUAUGUAGCUGUUAUGAGCACUGGAGCCCAGAAAAAAAGCACUACUACUGAUUUCAACUAACCACACACGAACACGCACACACACGAAUAUAGGGGAAAGAUCCUUGGAACCUUUGAAGGUCUAGCAUUUUAAUUUAUAUAGCAUUCAUCACUGAGAAACUCUCAGGAUCCAGUCCAAUGUGUGAUGUCUCAGGUGUUUCACUGAAUUAAUUGGAAUGCUGCUAUGGCCUAGUCUACUCAUGCAGCAAAAUGAGGUGGUAGAGUGGACUAUACCACUUCAAAUCACAGGUGGGGGUGCUGUUUUGAUUGCUCUCCCAAUACCAAGCUUCUUGCAGUAGGGGCACAUUUAGAAACGUCGUCCAUACUCUCAAUCAGAAAUUAUACAGCCUUUUCUAGUACCCCAGGACUCUUCCAUCUAAUUCUGCUGCAUGUAUAGACCAGGUCUCCCGCCCAAGUUGGUAUCCAGACAAGCUAAAGAAUUUUUCUACCUGAAAGGCUCUCCUGGGGGCAAAUUGGGUGUUGGAAACCCUAGUGAAAGGCCACGUAAACUCAGACCCCAACUCAAGAAUGAGGAGAAAAAUGACAGCCAAGCGGAACAUGGUGGCCCAGUAUCUCCAGUGUCAGGCACCGCUGGAGCAAAGAGUACAGCCUUCAGUGAAAAUGGAAAAGGAGCCAGACCCAACAGUUUCUGACUCGCUGGGAAUAUCAGAAGGUUCCGUAAAAACCUAUCGUAUUGUGCAGGUUGGGACAGCUGGAGGCGGCCUAAGACUAAUAACACCUCAGCAGGCCAGGAACGAACGACUGGAGACACCUCAGCGCUGGGAGAUUCAGGGACAGGAAUUACCGACUCCAGAUCUUACGCCUGUUCAGUCACCAGCAUGGAGAAACCUGCAGGUACCGGAACUCACACUGACGGAAGAUGUUGAGACUUAUUUGGCUACUUUUGAGGAUGUGGCUGAGGCCUGUAAGUGGCCAAAGGAACAAUGGGUGACCCGGCUUGUGCCUGCCCUCAAUGGAGCCGCGCUCCAGGCCUACAAUAAUUUGGAUCCCAGAGAAAGUGGGGAUUAUGGGAAAGUGAAGGCUGCUAUCUUACGAGAGGAUUCUGUCAGCCUGGAGCGGCAGCGCCAGAACUUCAGGCACUUCCGCUACCAGGAGGCCGAGGGGCCCCGUGAGGUUUGUACCCGGCUGCGGGGUCUCUGCCAUCGCUGGUUAGAGCCAGAAAGCCGUACCAAGGAGCAGAUUGUGGAAUUGCUGAUCCUAGAGCAGUUUCUGACUAUCCUGCCAGAGGAAAUGCAGGACUGGGUUCAGGAAUAUCGCCCAAAGACCUGUAUUCAGGCGGUCACCCUUGCAGAGCAUUUCCUGCUGAAGCAGCAAGAGGGCGAGAGAUGGGAUCAGCAGGUGCUGGGGCCUUUUGUCCUUGAGGAGGCUGUGAAUUUCCCAGAAAAUGAGCAAGUGCCAUUGGACACCAGGCAGAUGAUGCUCUGCAGAGAGGCCAAGGAAGAGGUUCACGAAAAUGUCACCUCACUGGCAGGUGAGGAGAUCCAGACCAAAAAUGACGGAGAGUUUCUAAUAAAGGAAAGUACAAAGAGGCAAAGAAGUCGUCUCCUCCCCGCUCUGCAGCCAGACCAGUUUGCCUGCCAGAACACUGAUGGGCAGCUGCCUGUGAACAAGCAAGAAGCACUUUUCCCCUGCCCUGAAUGUGGGAAGAACUUCUCUCGCAAAUCCACCCUCACCAGGCACCGGAGGGUGCACACAGGGGUCAAACCCCACCAGUGUACUGAAUGCGGGAAAAGAUUCUUGCACAAAUUCAACCUGGUGAACCACAUGAGAACCCACGUGCGAGAGGAAGCGAGCCGUUGUUCAUUGUGUGGGAAAAACGCAAAGCGGAAUUCAGGCCAGGGGGGCCAAGAGAGAAAGGCUGGGUGUUGCGAAUGCACAGAAAGUUUUGGGCUGCAGUUCAGCGCAGAGCAGAUCAUGCAGGAGAGAGAAGAGCCCUCCAGCUGACUUGAAUGUGUAAGGAAGGAAAAUGUAGCUGACUUGAAUGUAGGGAAGGAGUUUUAGGAAAUACUGUAAAAUUAGAGAAUUUUUUUUCCCCGCCCUGGAACUUUCUAGAAGUAGGAACUGCCUUCUGAUAAUGAGGUGGUUACCUUAAACGUGAUCAAAGUAAGAAUGCCUUCGGCAGCUCAGCUGGGUUAUUUGUUUGUUUGUUUUUCCUUUGCUUGUCUGUAAAAGCAUAUGGGGAAGAAUGGGAGAGAACACAAGGAGGUUCUGGCCUACAUAUAUCAUAUGAAACAUCUGUUCCUCCAGAUGUCAUUGUGAAAGAGCACACAGAUGGGCAAAGAUCCCUGAUGUGUCAGUUGUGCAGGACCUAUAGGCAAACACACACUGAUUGAAUGGUAUCUACUCAUACACUUCUUGACUGACAGAAUAGCAGUGGCCAUGAAUUGCAAAGCACGAAUUUCCUUCAGGAAUAUUGGAAUGCCAACUGUUGAAAUCUGAACAGUGAAAAUUUAAGCUUCACCUUCAGGAUUAUAUCAUAAAUAUGAAUGCAAGCUAAAAAUAUCUUUAUUAGAUGUCCUGGAAAACCAUGUGGGUGAAUGCUGUCCAAUCCUUUUUUGGCUAUUAAAGAUGUCGUCAGAAUUCUGCUAGUUUGGGGCAAACCUGCAGGUAAUAUGUCACCUCAAAGGCCUUCAAACUACUGCUUCCUUUGUGGUGAUCUUUAACAUGACAUGUUCAGCAUUGUGAUGCAGAGGAGGUCUGUUAUAUUGACAUUCAACUUUUAUUUCCAUUUUUUUAAAAGUUCCUUAAUAAGGUGGAACAAUUUAGAAGAAUAUUUGUUGUCCACUUGAACUUCUCCAUUUAUAGCUGGUUGUGGCAGGAGGCCUGCCACUUCCACUGGUUCUCUCCCCUCCCUCCCAUCAGUAAAUGUUCUUAUUUUUUCUUUUCUUUUUUUAAGAACUUUAAUUCUUGAUAGUUUCACACAGAAACUUUGGGCUUCUGUUCGUCAAAUAGCAGCUCUCCAUGCCACAUGGGCAUUUCAAAAGUAGUUUGUGAUAAGAAAUGGUAGGUCUGCUAUUCAAAAGGGGUAAAAAUUCAAAAAACCCACUGAGUAUGCUUAAAGAAGCUUUUUGGAUCUCUGCCUCUGUUUAUUUGUACAUGCCUGUCAAACACAUUUCAGUAUUCCAAGGCCUUCUAACACUACCACUUUUUAAUCCCUGUAACACUGUUGAUAUACCAAAAUUGCAUGUUUGGAAUCUUGCAACAGCUGCAUAUGUAAAUUUUAGGUUGUUUUUUUUUAAAGAAAAAAAUAAUUGUUUUGUAAAUUUUUUAUUAAAGCUUUAUUUUUGUGUAGUUUGCACAUUAAAACAAUUUAAUGUUGUAAUAACAAUUUUUAAUUUUUCAUAUUCUGCUUAACCUAGGGUCAACCAUCUUUCAGUUUGUUGUUAACUGUUACUUUAUAGCCCACAGACAAUGGAUACAGCCACUUCAUAUUACAUAAUUGUGGUCAUGAAAAGGGCUAACAAAGCUGAAUUAUGUUUUCAAUACUAUAUGCACUUAUCUAAAUUCUGCUUAACCCACUGGGAUUUCCUGCAGAGUUGAGAUGCAUGCAGCAAUGUGCUUUAUAGGUGCCAAAGUGUUUAAGAAUAGAGAUACUGAGAUGAUUCCAAAGUCAUUCUCCUUAAUAUGGUCUGUUUUAUUUUAAAUUCUGCGACAGAAGCUUUCUUUUAAAAUCGAACGAAGAUUUCCUGCAUGUCAAA